CGGGAGUCCUGAUCAUGAAAUCACUGUUUGUGGUCAAUGCCAUAAAAGUAUCGGAUCUUAGACUCUCGUGGACUCAUAACUGUAGUGCGGCUGUUGGCUGAACUGUGGCAGAUUGACUGAAAAGUGAAGUGAAGAAAAAUAGCUUAGUGGUGACAUUUUGCUUUGGGAUAUUAAUUUGUUGUUUGGUGGCAAUUUCACCUUCUAGGUUUUUAUUUCUUUUUCCCCCUCUCAUCUACAGAAUAUGGGUUCAGCAGAACUUGGAAGUGUAAGAACUUUAAUGAAGUCAGAUUCGAACUAAUUCAAAACUCAAAACUGACCUUAUGACAGAAGAAAUGAGGCAAGUGAUUUGUAGAAAGACUUUCUUUUGCAUUCAACUGUUACAACAUAUUAAAAUAUUGCAGACAGAACUAUGUGCUUUUGUAUGGUUUGUAAGACUUUGUAUGCAAAGUUAAUGCUGUUUUUCCUCGACUAGCAUGUACUGAAAAUGUUCAACAUUAAUUUCUGUUACUGUUUCUACCCAAUACAUAUGAAAAGCUUAAUUUGUCCCCAAUGGUGUCUGUAGUCUGGAUUGAUCAUUAUGUUAAUGUUUUCUCUUUGGAGUGAUGAACAAUCUGAUAAUGUUCCUCCAGGAGAACUAGAGCAAGAAGAGGUAGUAAAUAGUCAUUCUACACAUUAAACAACCGGAAUCAAAACUUUCUUGCUUCCACGUCCCACAUCUGUCUGUGUUGUGAUUGCAAGCAUUUUUCUGGUCUUCCUCCCACAUUGUGCGUUGUUUCAGCUGGCCUUGGCUCAGUUCCAGGGAGGCUGGGACCGCAAGAAGAUUUCCAUCCUUUCCAACAUCCCGGAGAGCAACUAAGAUUAGUGCACCAGAACAUCAGACGGACACUUCAGUGGAAGGACCUGCAUUGGCGUCUCUUUCUGUCGAUAUGGUUGGACCAAGUAAGAAGCUUGUCUGCUGCAGGUGGCUGCACCACAGGGUUCCCCUGGCCCACAGAGAGGAACUGUACCACAUCCUGAGGAUGACAGGGCCUCUGCUGCUCUCUCGAAUCCUCAAUUACCUCCUUCCAUUUGUGGUUACCAUGUUCUGCGGGCGCCUGGGAAAUGAAGUGAUGGCUGGCUACGGGUUAGCUUCUGCUACUAUCAAUAUUACCACUGCAGCAACAGGAUGUGGUCUGGGACUGGCAUGUGAUACUUUGGUGGCUCAGACGUUUGGUGGCAAGAACCUGCGGCGGGUGGGAGUGAUCCUUCAGCGGGGCGUCAUCAUCCUGCUGUUGUUCUGUCUGCCCUGCUGGGGUCUGCUUAUUAAUGCCGAGGCGAUCCUCUUAUGUCUGGGUCAGGACCCUGAGGUGACCAGAAUAGCCCAGCUGUAUAUCACAGCCUUCCUUCCUGCUGUUCCUGCAAUGUUUCUUCAUCAUCUCCAGGUGUCUUACCUCCAGAACCAGGGUAUAAUAAUGCCGCAAAUGUACACUGCUGCUCUGGCGAACAUAGCAAAUGUGGUGACAAACUACAUCUGUCUCUACUGGCUGGAUCUCGAGGUUAGUGGAUCUGCAGCAGCCAAUACUCUGUCUCAGAUUUACAUCUGUGCUUUUCUGUUUGCUUACAUUUGGUGGAAGAAGCUCCAUGUGAACACAUGGGGAGGCUGGUCUGUGGAAUCACUGCAGGAGUGGGGCUCCUACAUGAAACUGGCCAUUCCCAGCACACUGAUGAAGUGCUUCGAGUGGUGGGUUUAUGAGUUUGGGGGUUUCUUCGCAGGAAUGCUGAGUGAGGAUGAGCUGGCUGCCCAACAUGCUGUGAUAAUGGUGGCAUUAAUAACCUACAUGUUCCCUCUUGGUAUUCAAGCUGCAGCAUGUGUCCGAGUGGGUAACGCUCUCGGGGCAGGAGACAGUGCACGGGCAAUCCUCACCAGCAAGGUCUCCCUCGGGCUCGCAGGCAGCAUCGCUAUCGUUGAAGGUCUGGUGCUUUGCUCUACUAAAACAGUGAUUGGCUUCAUCUUCACCUCCGAUGAGAAGAUCGUCGGUCUGGUCUCGCACUUGAUGAACGCUUACUGCUUCCUUCAGUUCUUCGAUGGUCUUGUGUGCGUGUGCACUGGCAUCUUCUUGGGCACGGGCAAACAGAAGAUCCCGGCUGUGGCUAAUCUCAUCGGAUACUAUGGCAUAGGACUUUCACUCAGUGUUACUUUAAUGUUCGUUGCGAAGCUGAGAGUUUUGGGUUUUUGGCUGGGACUGCUCAUUUGUGUCGUUUUACAAUCCACCUUCUACAUCAUUGUCAUCUUCAAGCUGAACUGGGAGAGGAUGACGGAGGAGGCGGUGAAUCGAGCUCAGAAAAACUGCCCCGUGUCGGACACUGCUGGUAACAACACUCCAGACCAGACAGGGCAUAAUGAAAACCCGAGGGAGGGCUCCAUGUCUGUGAGGAGCGAGUGGCGUGGUGGGAACACCGAGACACAAGGCGGACACGUGGUGCUGCAGCAGCAGACGGGAGGUCGUCUCUCCACCACCCAGCUCGUCCUCCGACGAGGCCUCACUGUGUUUGCCGCAGUCGGACUCCUGGCUGUGGGAGCGACCGUGCACUUCCUGGUGCCCCUGACAGAGAGCCUCUCUCUAGAGGCCAACAAUACGAUGGACUGGAUCAAUACUACACACACUCCUGAUCAAAUUUCCACUGUGCUGAUCCCAUUAGAAGAGACAGACUGACUUUGAGAGUCCAAAUUAGCCACAAGGUUUCUGUUUAAUGUUAUGGAUACAGAGGUUGUCAAACUCUCUUGUUUGACUCAUUCUCAUUCACAGAAUGUGCCUACAAACCAAGCACAUGGCGAUUCACUGGGAAGUCUUGAGAAUUGAUGGUUUGGCAGUAACAUUUUGCUUUCAUUGAAUUUCACCCCUUGUCUUCUCUCUGCUCUCUGCCCAUCUUCACAUCUACUGUCCUGCACUGGAAUCCUGCAAUGCAAACAUCUGCAUCAUAUUGAGCUGAUGGCUGACGACAUUCUCCACUGAAUACAACACUCGUUUCCUCAUCUUCAAGUCACCAAGUUAGUGAUCAGUAGGUUCAUAAUGAUUCCAGCAGCCAAGACAAACAGCAUGACAGCCAGAGCCAAACCCCUUCUCAGAACCAGAGCCCUGUGAGUCAGCGGCUCCUCCUCAUCCCCCAGCACCAUCGUGUCUGUUUGGUCCUGUGAGCAAGUGGCAUCAUCCGGCUGCAGACCUGCUCAAAUACAUACAGAUGCAAAUGUCAAGUUUUCUCUUCAACUAGGUCCUUAAGAUUAUUUAUAUCUGAUAUAUUUGUGAAACAAAUUUGAUACUUGCAUGAAACUGUUUGAUGAAAAAUUGUU